AAUGUGUGGGUUGUUGCUUCUAGUCACAACAAUCCUUCAUUGUUUUGAUUCAACUAGCGUCGUUGCGUAGCUAGCUCGGUAUUGCACAUUUAUAUGUGGUUAGAGACUAACCGAUUAUUAGCUUUAUAUGACGCCUAUUCUUGAUAAGAUAUCGAUGAAGUCGCAGAUUAGUAAUGUUUCUUUUGACGGAACUGUUGUUCAAGGCGCAAGACCAAUCAAAACAAUACUGUCUUUGGUAUGAUAGCUAAGCUAGCUGGCUAACCUCACGCGAUAGCAACAAAAACAUGGGAACGCUUGUUAACGUUAUAGCAACGGAUCUGGGCCAGUUUUAUGUUAAUUGUUAGAACCUUCGUAAAUCGCCGAGCUGUUUAUCGCUGUUGAAAUUGCAAUUAAAAAACUAUUUAACGACGGCCCCAGUCCAUAAGUGUAGCCGCUAGCUGGCGAAGUACGGUAUUUUGGUUUUUAUUUUUGCAUUCGGCGUCACUUUAUACACAUUAUUUGCCUUAACAUUGAAACAAUAUAUUUUUAAUUCUCCGUUUGCUGAAUUAAAUUUGACUACAAAUACACUUUCCAAUAUCUGUGCAAUUGUUAACAAACAGGCGAAUAAUGUUUUUCAACUGAAAUCCGAGAUUACAGGAUUCAGUUAACAUUUAGGCUGGAAUAUGGAAUAGAUUUGUCCUCUAUCAAGUAAUUAUGGUGUUUAGUUAUUUGCUGCUGUCGUAUAAUUGCCUCAGCAUAGUUCAUUAUGUAGCUAAGAGCAAAUGUGCCAUAUCUAGAUUUAGUGCAUUAUAAGAUUGGAAUAAAGAACCUUUCUGAAAUAUCUGACUUGCGAUUCUAUUAGUAUUGACAGUUUAGAGGCGUGCUUAACAAAUGUUCUAAGUGGUGUUUGUAGGAACGCAUGCUAGUAUACAGCUUUAAAGUUGAAUCAAAGAUUCAUUAAAACACUCAACUGAAUUCCAUCGUUUCCAUUCCAUCGGGGAAAUGGCCCUGUAACUUGUCACGAAGAAUCAUAUCUCUCACUCGCUGGUUACAGACAUAUUGAUGCUUGCUUACACUCCUGACAUUUUCCAAAGUUGGAUUAUUGCCCUUGAAUCUGUCACAACCUUCAAAUGGGUGAGGAAAAGCCGGAGACGUUGGACUUUGUCAAAGACUUCCAGGAGUAUCUCAGCCAGCAGACUCAACAUGUGAACAUGAUCUCAGGCUCCGUCAGUGGCGUUAAAGAGGUGGAUGACUUACCAGCAGACUGCAGUCAGAAUGGGUUGGACCACCCAUCAGUGGAUUUGUCCCUUGACGACGGCUCAGGAAUGCUGGUGGAUGGCUUUGAGAGAACAUAUGAUGGCAAACUCAAGUGCCGUUUCUGUAACUAUGCCACCAGAGGCACAGCCCGGCUCAUUGAACAUAUCCGCAUUCACACAGGGGAGAAACCCCACAGAUGCCACCUGUGCCCCUUUGCCUCUGCUUAUGAGCGCCACCUAGAGGCCCACAUGCGCUCCCACACAGGAGAGAAGCCUUACAAGUGUGAGCUGUGCUCCUUCCGCUGCAGUGACCGCAGCAACUUGUCACACCACCGCCGGCGUCGACACAAGCUCUUACCGAUGAAGGGUGCUCGCUCCUCUCUCUCCCACAAGAAGAUGCUGAGCGUCUUGCAGAAGAAGACCAGCCUGGGAUAUGGUCGCCGGCUCCUCAUCAAUUUCAGCCCCCCCUCCAUGGUGGUGCACAAGGCCGAGCACAUGGAUGACUACUCCCACGAGCUGCCCCACCUGCGCCAGGAGACUUAUGGUGACCACGGUGCUGGUGCAGAUGUAAGCUCCAGGGACGACCGCAACCAUCACCACCACGACCUGGUUAUGGACAAUCCUCUCAACCAGCUCUCCACCCUAGCCGGCCAGUUGGCCAGCCUGCCCUCUGAGGCUGAAGCCCAGACCCAGCAGCCUCCUGUCUCUCCAGGUGCAGAGUCCUGCGUGGACGAAAAGCCCUUCCUCAACCAGCCGCCUCAGCCAGUCACUGCCCCUGCUGCUGUGUCGGUCAGCACUGCCCAUGCCGCGUCCUCCCCCAUCACCCCAGAGCCCAGACCCCCACCACACAGUAACUGCAGUCCCGGGGCAGGGCCCUGCAGUGAGCACAGUGGGCGCACCAGCACCCCAAGCAUCACCAACAGCCAGCCCAGCACACCAGCCCCAGGCUUGCCUUCGCUGCAUCAAGACCCCCAGUGCUGCCACCACUGCCAACACUGUGACAUCUAUUUCCCUGACAACAUCCUGUACACCAUCCACAUGGGCUGCCACGGCUAUGAGAAUCCAUUUCAGUGCAACAUCUGUGGCCAUAGGUGCAGAAGCAAGUAUGACUUUGCCUGCCAUUUUGCCAGGGGGCAGCAUAAGCAGUAACUUGUUGCUGUGUCACUGAUGGACUGGAGCUGAAAUUCACAUUUUGAUUUAGUUUAAUGAUUGAGAUUUUAUUUAUUGUUGUAGAACUUUCUGAAAUCGAGCCUUGAUUUUGCCUGCAAAUUCGGUUUAGUGAAUUUGAUUUUACAGGGACUUAACAUUUGAUGGUGCCUGAUGCAUAUGUGGUGUUGGGGUGGAUCUGUAUAAAGGUACAUUUUGACCUGUUUGAUCAUUAAACAUUCCUCCUUUCAUUUUUAAAACAACAACCUUUUGCAGACUUCUCAACGUAGAGAUGAUGCUAACACAUUUGGGAGGGUGCCCUUUAUUGGCUUUAUUCAUAAGCAACAAAACCACCCACUCCAACUACAGUUCUGCAUUGGUAGUUUUUUUUGGAGCCACAGCUGCGUCGUUCUGUCCAUAUUAACCAUAAGACCCACCAGACAAACUGUUAGGACCGGUCUGACCCCAUCCACAUAGAAUUGCAGUUAGAGCUGACCUUUUACACACGUCAGCAACAUCUAUGUAUUUAGGUUUGAUUUUUGUUGCCACCUGCAUGCAAUUAAUUUGUCUACAAGUCAAUGUUACUUGCAGGUAGUGGAUAGCAGUAAGAUAAAUAUCAUUAUGAACAUUGUUUUCUUACCUCAAUACAUAUGAAUCUAAAAUCGGUUAAAUGAAUUAAAAGUAAAUCUUGGUGAGUGAAUCAUAAUAAAAUCCAACUAUGUUGGCGAACUUCCAAGUUUGUGCGAAUGCCUGCAUGGUGUAGACACAUGAUCUGCUGUUAACUCUGGUUGCAAUGUGGCAGCGAGUUUGUGGGAAAGGCCUAAAAACACAAUAAUUUAAUUAAAAUGUUGCUGAUUGACAAUAUAAUGGCUCAGAACAGCAGAUUAACCCACAUGUUUAAGACAUGUUUAAUUCCACCUGCUAGCAGAUUUUUUUUUAGGGUUACCUCGAACACCUAUAGGACUCUAACUCCAACAGUGCCUACGAUGUUCACAAUCUCUUAAACUGUUUUUCUGUCUGUUUUUUGGGAUUGAUCUGCACAUAGUGUCCUUAACCAGCACAUUUUUGCUAAUUGAGUAUGGGAAAAAUAAAGCAUAAUGUUAAGAUGUAUAUUCUUACCUUCAAAUGAUAUGUAAUAGUGAGAUCCAUCAGCUGUAUUGUCAAACAGUAUCACUAGAUUUUGUUUUUCACUUUUGUCAAUCCCAAAUUGCCAAGUAGUACCAGAUAUCCCAUGUUUUAGCAUACAUGCUAUGCCUUGGAAUUCCCUGUUGUCCUGCUAUGAUCAUGGCAUUGCAUAUUGUGGUUCUAUUAGCUAUUUAUUGUAUUCUACGUUAUCAAUUGGGUAGUUGUGUCAAUAAAAGUAACAUUAUGCUGAA